AUGAAAAUUCUCAAGUUUCAAGCUUCAGAGGUUCACAAGAAGAAACCUUUGGCAGGUUUUUACAACGAUCGAACAAACUUUUCAAGAAAUCCGAUUCAGAAUAGAAAUAUUUUCAAAGCGAACCAGUUUUAUUAAACUUUUGAUUCAUACGGGAGAAGUUUAAAAAAUGUAUUACGAAAAAAGAUGGAAAAUUCAUCGAUUAAAGCGUCAUAAAUUUAUUUAACGAGUUCUCAAUCGAAAAUUAUUGAUAAAGUCAUUGAUAAAAUCUGCUGAUCAUCAACUCCUCGCCCGUUUUAACUGAUGAACAUUAUUGGGAAAAAUAUUAUUCACUGUUUCCACUUUUUAUAUAUCCAUUAAUUACUGUCUGGCGUUACAAUGUGACAGUUUCUACGACUACCAAAAAGAUGGCAACCUCGUAAAAGGCGACAGAGUAAAUUUUUUUCAAAUUUUUCUGAAAAAAAUCAAAGAAGUAUUUUUGAAAUAUUUUCAGAGCGUUGUUGAUUGCGUGGACUAUUGCGUCUCUUUGAAACUAGAAGGUGAUUCUACGAAUGAACUGUUCGCAUCGUGUGCCAACAGUACAAUUCCUCUUCUUUCGUGUGACGUAUGUUCAAAUCUUUCAAUGGGAAAAAUUUUUUUUGAGUGGACUUGAUCAAUAUUUUAAAAAAAUUGAGUAAAAGUCAUUUUUUGGUGGAUUCAAAGGUGAAUUUAUUCUUAAAUUCGGGUGUUCAAAAAUUGAUAUGUAUUCCCCUAAAAAUUUCAUUUGGACUUUUGAGAGGAACGUUUUUGUUGUACCACGAAUAAAUCACAAUGUUUCAGCCUUCCAUUUUUUUUUUGCAAAUGCGAGUGAGAAGACGUUCUUUGUGACUAAUUUAGAGUAUUUCAAAAAACUCAAAAUUGAGAAGUCACCUUGAAACUGCUUGCCAUACAUGCGCCUUUGAAAUCUCUCUUCUGCUUCUAAAAAACAGACUAUAUUUCUAAAAAAAGACUUUAGAUUUUAAUUGGAUGUUUUUUAGUUUUCCCAAAUAUUCUCAUCAAUUUUAUUUGAUCUUAUAAGUCUCAUGUCACAGUCAUUUUUAGCUCUGAGCUGAUAGAUGUCACUAAAAAAUCAUAGAUUAUCCAACGGAUGAAUAAAUAUAUACCUUGCUAGAGUUCAUUCAAUAAGUUUUCCAGUCGUAGAUAGCUUCACAAAAGUGAUUAAAUGUUUGCAGGACAUCGGAUGCAGAAAAGGACAAGCCGAUCUGAAGCACUCGACGACCUGUUGCUGCAACACACCCUUGUGCAACAACUUCGCCGCAGCUAUCUUUUCCAUCUUCGGAAUUUCAAUCCCUUUUUUGCUGUAUUCACUUCGAGUUGGAAUCUGA